CUUCACCAUAUAUUUUAUUCAUCUCAGGCUUCGCGCCGCAUGUGAGCAAUCCAUAAUUCGUGCGGUUGGAUUUUCACAUGCAUUCCGGGUAUGGAACUGGUUGCUCAGACUGGUGUCAUCUGAAACCAGCGUAUCCGACAUCAUUCUGCAGUAUUUGGCUGCACUGUCUUCUUACAAUUCACUUUCCGAUCUCAUACCAUCCCAGCCAGUACGGGUUUUGCCACAUCCAUGGAGACUGUGCUUUCUAGCGGGACCAUUGGCGGCAAAAAUGGUUCAACACCUUCACGCCUUUUUAUAUACUAUUGCUGUCAUUUUGCAAUCAUCUGGGGUGGAUGCUCGAUUGAGGUCUCUCUGCUUUAAAGCAUGGACAAUACAGCUAACUGCUCACGAGCAGGAGCUUCUUAUUCUAACGUGUAAUAUUCUUGGGACAGUGGGAGGAGUUCUCUCAGAACCAUCAGUAUCUGAGAAUUGGAUAACUGACUCGGCUGACCGUUCAAUGGCGCAGAAGGCCGGUGAUAGAGUGGAUGUGAAGGAAACACGAGAUAUAACGAAUCAUAUUCGUAUAGAGGCUAGCUCUCGUCAGGCUAUGGUGGUCUGCCUAACCGAUGGCAGUCCAGAAACAUUUUGGGAAAGUGGAGAAGAGGACAAAAGUCGAUCACGUACAUUGAAUGUAACCUUUGAGAACUGCUCACCCAUUCUUCUGUGUUUAUUUAUUGAUAACUCCCGCGAUGAGGCAUGCCGAACAUCGCAAGUAUUGUUUCGAGCUGCUGUGUCUGAUGGUUCGCGAAGGGACUUGAUGUCGAAAAAUCUAGAU